AUGAAGCCAGUAAAGCGUGUGUUGGCAGCUAAUAAUAAAUUGGCAAGUGUUCCAGAAUUAACUUAUAAAAAAGGACUACGUAAUUCACCAUUGUCACCUAAACCCAAGGAAAAACAUAGUGCAAAAUUAGUACGUGAUAAACUUGAACCAAUGGUCUUAAGAUCUCCACCAACAGGAGAAUCCAUUGUAAGAUAUGCUUUGCCCAUACCGUCAAGUAAGACAAAGGACUUAAUAGGAGAAGAAGAAUCAAUCAGGAAAAUUACCAAACAUCUGAAGAUGGUUGUUUCUUCUUUGGAAGAAACCUAUGGAUUUAGCAAUCAAAAUGGAGAAAAACCAGUUGUGAAGCCUGAACAUGAAGAAUUAACUUUAUCUGUUGGGGAUGAUCUGAGUUCAUUCUUGAUAUGUUGUUCACAAUUUGCAGCUCAGUUAGAGGAAGCAGUUAAGGAGGAACGUAAUAUUUUGGAAUCUCUUUUUAAGUGGAUUCAGCGACAGGUCAAUCAGAUGGAAGAGAUAAGUAAAGAUCAAACUUUUUCAGAAGCAGAGUUUCCUGUACCUGACAAAACAGUCACUUUAAACAUUGCACAAGUAGUAAAGCAGGUACAAAAACUUGAAGAACUGAAAGAUCGCCUUAAACAGCAGUCUAAAUACUCCUUGAAAGCCAUGUUGUCUAUACCCAAGGGUAUUGAAAAGCCAUCAGAAGCAGUACAAAAUCAUGAAACUGUACAGCAGAAAAUUGAAGAAUUCAUAAAAACUCACUCAACUGAAGAAUUUAUAGAUGUUUCUGCAGCUGAGCCACAAACUUCUUAUUCACUGCCUAAUCAAUUUAAUGUCAUGUUGAAAAUAUUUGAAAAACAGUCAAAUACAUUGGAGAGAGCUAUGAAUGAUCAACGUUUGUUAGAGGCUAAAUACAAACAGAUGCAAAGGGAUUUCCAAGUGUUAUCAGAGGAGAAAUUGGUGCUGGAAAAUAAACUACAAAAGUUGAAGGAUACAGAGAAAAUAAAGCCUACAUAUGAUCGAACAAGGAAAACUAUAAAAAUGGAGAAGAAAAAAGACAGAGGAAAAUCUGAGGAUUCAGAAGAGAAGGAGUCUCCAGUCCAAGAGCUUAAAAUAGAAGAGGAUUUGCUUCAAGUCCAGAAAGUAGCAUAUGCUCUGGAAACUGAGAACAAAAUCCUUCAGGAACAACUGAAACAAGCUUUACAGGAAGCAGAAACAGCUAAGCAUCAACUGGACUAUUUCCUAAAUCAAGGGAAGGAGUUACUUAAAAGUGAGGAGAAGACCAAGACAACAAUGGAAAUGGAUAAUAGUAAAAUAAAAGUUAAAGGUGAAGAUUCAGAAUAUAUACCGUUGGAGAAAGAAACAAGAAAAGCACUAGUUUCAGAUUCAGGUAGACGAAAGACAGAUGAUAAAAUCCAAGAACAUCAACGGAUCUCAGUUGUCCAAAAUGGAAGCCCAGUUGGAAAAAGAUCCUAAUAGAGUUUCUGAAAUACUUUGGAAAAGUCUCCCAAACCUUCAGAGAGUGGAUGGGAGCGAAGUAAGGAGAUCCCACCUGAGCAGACACAUGGUAUUGCUUAAAAUAAAGUACAUUUUUUUUU